AUGGCAUCGAUUUUGGCAGAAACCACCCCCUUCCAUGAUGGCGAAAAGAAGAUGCACAGCCUGCUCCGCGUCCCUCCACAGGAUAACCCCACAGUUCCGUCCCUCAGCUUCGGGGCGGCGUAUCUACUGCGAGCGGCCCCUUUGCUAGCCAUAGGCUCUCUUGACCAGGAAGGCAGGCCGUGGUCAACCGUUUGGGGCGGAAAAUCCGGGUUUGCUAACCCCGUCACUCAGUCCACGGUUGAAGUGAAUACCCCGGUCGAUAGGAGCUAUGAUCCUGUAGUCGAAACACUUCUGCACACCAGCGGCCCUGCAGCAACAUCAGAAAGCCAUCGGAAGAUCUGGUCCGGCCUGAUCAUUGACCUGGAAACUCGCAGGAGAGCCAAGCUCUACGGCAGGAGGAUUGCUGGGUCGCUAGAUCCUGGAGAUCAGUACCUCGCUGCAAAAGAAAUGCCAGUUCUAGGGCAUGCGGGCAUAGCUCAUCUGACCGUACAUGUAGACGCCAGUCUCGGCAACUGCCCGAAAUACUUGAACAAGAAACAUAUCAUACCAACCCUUCCAGCGCCAAGGCUCAUUUCAAAUUCACCUCAGAUACCUUCAGAGGCUGUAAGCCUAAUUGAUCGUGCUGACUGCUUGUUCGUUUCCUCGUGUCACGGAGACAUCGACAUGGAUACCAACAUUCGCGGUGGGCCUCCAGGGUUCGUUCGACUCGUAUCGAAUGCACCUAGCGGUGCUGUCUUUGCUUAUCCCGAAUAUUCUGGCAAUCGUCUAUAUCAGACCUUGGGCAAUCUUCAAACGAAUCCUUUGGCGGGAUAUGUCUUCCCCGAUUUUGACAGUGGGAAUGCGCUGUAUGCUACUGGGAAAACACAGAUCCUUGUAGGCAAAGAUGCAGCCCGUCUACUCCCACGGUCGAAUCUUGCUGUACUUGUUACUGUCACAGCAGCUAGGUAUGUUGAGAAAUCCUUAUCAUUUCGGGGUGUUGUAGGAGAGCCAUCUCCAUACAACCCGAGCGUGCGAUACUUGGCAACCGAGAAGAGCGUCCCUACGGUAUCGAAAGAUGAUGAUCCAGCUGUCACAGCAACCCUAGUCAAGAAGGACAUCUUGACUCCUACUAUCUGCCGCUUCCGCUUUCGUCUGUCCGACCCGGCCAAGUCCGGAAAAUGGAUACCAGGGCAGUAUGCUACAUUUGCCUUCCACGAUGAAUUAGACAUGGGUUAUCGCCAUAUGAAAGAUGACGACCCGACCAGUCUCAAUGAUGACUAUGUCCGAACAUUCACCAUCUCAUCCUACCCAGGGCAAGGACUCGGUGCAGCCGAGUUCGAGGUAACUGCACGCAAGCAUGGCAACGUGACCAGCUAUUUGUUUAGGACCAAUGAGAGAGCCGGUCUCGAGGUUCCUCUGAAAGGCUUUGGUGGUAGUUUCCAGAUACAGCAAGGCAUAGACGAUGUAGUCCCUUUCAUUACCGGGGGUAUCGGGAUUACGCCUAUUCUGGCACAGCUUCCGGCUCUCGAUAUCAGUCGACUGCGACUGCUGUGGUCCGUGUCAGUUCAUGAUAUGGGCUUGGUUUUGGAUACGUUCCGGCGGAUUCCUCCGCUAUCUAGCUCUACGACUCUCUUCAUCACCGGUGCUGAUCCGCACGACGAAAAUGUAGGUCAACAGUACCAGACAGUACAUCUUUCCGAAGCACGCAUUUAUCGCCGCCGUAUGAAUGCAAAGGAUCUGGACCUGUCUCUGGCAGAGGUGUGGUACUUUUGUGGCAGUCCCGCCCUCAAAAGUUCGGUCCUGAACUGGCUUACUGGUAAGAAUGUAGUUUAUGAAGACUUCAAUUAUUGA